AUGCUUGUGUUUUCAACAAGCCUCCUGCCACCACUGACGCAUCCAAUGAUAGAAACACCAACAAUUUCGUCGGUUCACAAAAUCAAGGAUCCAAAGUCCCACGACCAGGAGCGCAUCGAGUCAUCUACCCCAGCAGUAGGCCGCCCACCUCUUUUCGCCCCGCCUACUCCCGAGGCAACAGGUGGCGGCGUCAGUCUUCGCGGACACACACGAUCUCACCCACGGCCACAAGUGCCUCCCCCUAACACCCAACUGAGGUCGCGAUCCACCUCGGCAUCGAAGAUUAGUUUCAACUGUUCUUUUCUGUAUUGA